AUGAACGCACUGGAAUUCAUAUUGACGAAGAAUUUGAGCUUUCUUGGAGCAUUAUUUCAAUCGACUGCAAUUACUGUACAGGAUCAGCAAUCAAAGCAGCGGGUAAUAAUCGUGCAUGGUAGUGCGAUAACACCUGGAAUUAUUAAUCGACAUUGGUAUAAAUGGCUCCAAGCAGAACUAGUGAAAUUAGGGUUUGAUGCUAUUGCACCAGCAUUACCGGAUGAGAGCGAGGCGAAAGACUCUAUAUGGAUACCAUUCCUAUUAAAUAAUUUAGGUGUAGCAGAAAAUGAUAUUUUAAUCGGACAUAGUUCUGGUGCCAUGGCUAUUCUGCGAGUAUGUGAACAAAUGAAAGUCAAAGGAUUAAUAUUAGUAUCAGCUGGUUAUUACGAUCACGAUGCCAAUCAACUAUGGAAUUGGAAUAAAAUAAAAACAAAUGCACAAUGGAUUGAGCAGUUUCAUAGUUCUGAUGAUCCAUUCACUCCAGUUGAUAGUAGCCGUCAUAUAGCCAAACAAGUACAAAGUACAUAUCAUGAAUUCAAUAACCGAAACCAUUUCUUAUGUACUGAAUUUCCAGAUUUAAUCGAUGUAAUAAAAUAUCGAUGUGGAUUAUUAUAA